UCCUCCUCAGUCCCGUUGCGAUCGUCUUCCGAGACGCUUCAUAAUUUUUCAUAGCGGCCGUCUACAUCGCAGCUCAGUCCGUCUUAGUGUCUCCACUUGUGCGUACCGUGUUUUCACAUUCAGGCAGCCGCUUAAAUAGAAAACAAAGCUGAUUUUUUGUCAUCCAGUGCGCCAUAAAGUCGACACAUUUUUUCUAAUUUCGAAAAGAUUAAACGGGACAAAGUCGUUGACAUUUGAGAAAAAAAAAUUGCCCACCAUCAACCACCUCCCAAAAAAAUUUCUAUUCCGGAAAUCAACAGUGACAUUGACAGCAUAACAAUUCUUUUUUUUUUCGGUUAGAAAGAAAAAAAACAAAACACGCUCGCUUGCGUCGACAGUGGCAUUCACCUUUCGAUUUUUCUUUGAUUUGAUUUUCCAUUUUUUUUUUUUUUUGUGGGGAAGGGGUUCCCUUUCUGACGUUCAUCCGUCACAGAAAAAUCCCCGGUACUACCACACCUCCGGAUAUAAAUAUCUAAACGUAGAGAACUGACAUUUCCCCUAUAUCCUGUUCUCUGCCAUUUUUCAUUCAACAACGUCGCAUUUCUCCGAUCGACGAGGAUUCGAGUAUUUCUUUUCCUUAAUUUCAAGGAAUGAUGUUGAAGAUUAGAAGACGCUGGAAAAGAAGCUGACACACUCUCUGCAUGUUCUGGAACAAUUAGGAACUUGCUGGCCAGGCUCCGCGUUUUUUGUUUGCUCACGUAUUGCACCUCAUCAUUCCAACUUGGACGAACAUUACUCAAAAAAAACAAAAAAAAACACACACAGCUGAUAGCCAAAUAAAUAAAGAAAGGCAAACGAAAAGUUCUAGGAAACAUUUCGAAAGGAAACCUUGCAAUCCCUAACAACUCGUUGAAUUCAAUCGGCAAAAAUGGAUGUGUUCAAAAUCGAUCAGUCGAUGGGCGGAUUGGGAUCCGGUUCCAGGGAAUCCAGCCGGCAUCAUCAGGUGACAACCGAAGUCAGUUUUGACACGACGUCGGAUUUCAACCUGAGCUUCUUCGAUUCGUCGUCGACUCCGCCUACGCCUCCGCCGAACACAGUGUCCGCUUCUGGCGGAGGAGCCUCGUCUUCGUCUACAUCCUCAAACGGCGUUGUUCUUAAAGAGGAGUACGACGAACCUUCGCCUCCGCCACAGCAACAACAGGAUGGCGGUGUGUUUGAUGCUCUCGGUCCCGAUGGCAUGUUCAACAGCCCUCCGCCGACCACGCCGCCAUCGCCGGCCGGCAUCGAUUCCGGAUCGAACCUGAACGAUUCCGGCGUCAAAAUCAAAAGUGAAUUUGACGUGACCAACAGUUUCAACGGUGGCCAGCAACAGCAUCGUCAACUGCCACCACCUAGGCCGUCGCUCAACCUCUUCCCUCCACCAAAGGCCGGAAAUAAUCCUCCACCUACACCGCCCUCCACCCCGAUCACGCUCAAAAAUGAACCCGGUUUGUUGGGGUCGUCGUCGUCGGCCGAGUCUAACGGCGCCGGAAGCAGUAAAUCUUUCGUCCCGUGUAAAGUCUGCGGAGACAAAGCUUCCGGCUACCACUACGGAGUUACAUCGUGCGAAGGCUGUAAAGGCUUCUUCCGGCGGAGUAUUCAGAAACAGAUCGAGUACCGGUGCUUGCGCGAUGGCAAAUGCCUGGUCAUCCGGCUCAACCGCAACCGUUGCCAGUACUGUCGCUUCAAGAAAUGUUUGGCCGUCGGCAUGUCGCGAGACUCGGUACGCUAUGGUCGGGUACCGAAACGAUCGCGGGACCGCGGUGGAUCGACCAACGGCGACGAAUGCAGCGGCGGAGCGGGUAUCCGCAGUCCCGGCGGAUUUGCCGAUCCGUCAACACCAGACAGUUCCGAUAGUUGCGGUCUCGGCCAGCAGCAAAUGCAAAUUAGCACCAACAGCAACAGCAACAGUAAUGGCGGCAUCAGUCAGUCGCAACAACAGCAACUCCAUCAACAACAACAACAACAACUUCAACAACAAAGAGACCCAGAGAGCCGUCAGUUAGCCAUUUACGACACGAUCCUUACCGUGUCCCAAGCUCAUCACGCUCACUGCGCCUACACCGAGGAAAAGACCCGCAACAUAGUCCGCACUCCCAUACCAAUCGUGAUGGACGAAGGUGGGAACGCCAACGAUCCUACGGGAGGCAACGGCGCGGAUGAGGCCAGACGGAUAGCCACCUGGUCGGCGUUGGCCACGCACAUGACGCCGUCCAUCCAGCGCGUCGUCGAAUUCGCCAAACGUGUUCCAGGCUUCCCGGAAUUAAGUCAGGACGAUCAGCUGAUUCUCAUCAAAAUAGGAUUUUUUGAAGUGUGGCUGGGCCACGUUAGUCGGCUGAUCAAUAGCCAAGAAGGAACGUUAACAUUGGCCGAUGGUGUGACUCUGUCCAAACAACAGAUGGACACCAUUUUCGACGUUGACUUCAUCCAGGCCAUCAUGAGAUUCGCCGAAGGCUUAAACCAAAUGUCGAUGAAUGAUAGCGAAAUGGCUCUUUUCUCGGCCGCAGUUCUCCUAUCGCCCGACCGGCCCGUCAUCAACGACGCUAAAGGCAUUGGCCAGCAUCAAGAACGGAUUACGGACGCCCUUCGGUUACAGUUGUUGCGGAAUCACGCCAGCGAUCCGGGUCUGAUCAACGCCGUUCUUCAAAAGAUUGUCGAACUGAGGGCCAUCGGCCACCGCCACCAAUCGCAACUCGAUUGGUAUCGUCGUCGCUGGAGUUUGCUCGUCCAUCUGCCUCCACUUUUUGCCGAAAUGUUUGACAUUCCCCGCAGCGAAGAAGAUUUGGCCUGAAAAUAAUGGACGCCCCCCACGUUUAUCGCGUUUAUCAUCUUCCAUUUGAAAACGAAAAAUGAAGAGAAGGAAGAAUACUUUGGUUUCGUGUAGUUUUAAGGACUUGGAACGGUCCUCGUUAGGAUUAUGUAAGCGAAUCAAGUUUCUGCGCUCACACACCAUUUAAAAAAAAAAAAAGAUAUUUAACGUGGGUCGUUUUGUAAGACAUAUUUAAUGACAUUGAUUGCUUUACUUUUUAUAGCUGUGUGUGUACAUAUUUAUACCAUAUAUUAUUUUUUAUUGAUCAUGAUUGUUUUGUUUGGUGUUUUUGUUGUAUGAUUCUCAUCGAGUUCAAACCUUUCCGUCCCAUGUUUCUAUCUAAUUUGUUUUCAAAAGAAAUAUUUGUGGAAAGUGCCUUUUUUUUUCUUUCACGUUUCUCUCAACAGGUGAUUGCAUUAUUUGCAUAUGCGUUUUUUUGUGUUGUUUUUGCGUUUGUGCCCUUCUGGUUUCCUCACAUUUUACUAGGGAACAACGUGACGUUAUUCCCGAUAAUCUGUAUGCAUUUCUACCCAUCCCCCAAAUGUCCCAAAGAUUUGUUCAACCAACUCGAACGUUAGAAGAAGAAAAGAAAGGGAGAGAAGAAAAAAAAUCAUGAAUAAUGAAUCGAUGCUACUUUCAUAAUCUUUAUAUAUAUAUACACACACCUAUACAUAAAUAUAGAUUUCAAAAUAUUAUAUAUAGUGCUGUAAUACUGAUACCAUGAUCCCCACACAUUCACGUAUAUAAGCAACACACGCACUCACAACCCAGUUCGAUGUACGACGGUGAAAAACAAAAACAAUUAUGCUUGUUCUCUAUUUAAUUCUCUAUACAAAUUUUUUUUUU